AUGGCACCUCGACCUCGUUGUCCCGUGUGCCGCUCCAGAAAGUGGCAUCGAGACCAACUCUCGGGAUCGCAAGUCACGUGCUCUCCUCGCCGACGGUCCCCAGCUCGCCCCGGCUGACGCAUUCACAUUCACCCCGUUUCUUCCCUGCAGCAUCGUCUGCGAAGAAGGUCAUCUCCUCCAAGGCUACGUCAACGAAUCGAACGAAGCCAACGGACCGUCGCAGCACGUCGCCACGCGUCAAAGGGUGCACAAGGCCCGGCGCAAGUCGACUCGUCCUCCGCCCAAUGCACACUACCACGGCCAACGCUCGACCUUCCUUGUCUGGCAGACAUUGCAAUGGGUCUUGAGGAGGCAGUUGAGCGUUCUCAUUGAUGAACUCGGGUGGCCUGUCCAGCUUGAGCCCGUAGCGAGGGAUUUGUGGGCCGCUCUACUCGCUUCGAGUGGUGUGCCCGAUGCACCUGGCGAUUGGGACAAGGGCGACGAACCGGCAAGCACCUUCACCGGGCCUGUCAAAGGGAUGGGGCAUCCCAGAGGGCCGAGAAAGGGUACCCAGCGCAAGGGCAAGUCGAACGAGGACAAGGCCACGAGCGAGGACGAGAACGAGAACGACGACGAGCGCACACAGAAGGGGUCAGAUGAGGAAGAAAAGCGUCGACAAUCAUCAGAGUCUGAUUCGGCGUCACUUAUCGAUGAUGAUGACUACGACGACGAUGACGACGACUUCGGGUUCGGUGCUGAGCAGGAUCGGUCAGCGAAGAAUUCUCGUCCGAGAGCUCCGCUGCCACGAGCGGGGCCCAAGUCAACUCGGACCGGACAGUAUAUCUAUGCCGAUCCGAGGAAACGGCCAAAACCUGAACUGCUCCUGUUGAUCAUCUACCUCUCCGCUUUGACGAUCAAGUUUCCAAUUUUCCUCAAAGACCUUUUCGAGUGAGUGCGACCGUACUUUCGGUUGUUCUGCUCCUGUGCUUAUGCCUGGCCCAUCUUCAUUCAACUCCGCGCCUAGUCUCGCCGAAAAUCACCGCAUCCUCUACAUCAAUGCACAUCGCCAUCUGCCCCCAGCUAUGCAAAACCACCUCGAGCGAGAAGCCCGGCGAUUACUUGCCCCUCAAGUCAGUUCUGAACAAGUCGUAGCUCCUCAGACCUCGGUACUGACGUAGAACUUGCACGCACCCUCUUUCCAGAACGUCCCUUCGAUCUCCACCAAAGGGAUCCAUGUCCUUCUCUCGCAUCUCGUCAAUCUCUACCGCUUCGAAUGGGGAAUCACAUUCCCGAAACCUGUAACGCCGCUUUUGACCUGGCGACUCUGCAAAUCGCUCGCCUUGACGCCGGAACACUACGAAUCCGUGUUACGUCUGCUCGACCUCUUGCAACCUUUCGAACUGGUCCUUGCACCGGUGUUGAAAACGAUGGUCCGAGACAGUGGUCGUGGGAUCGAAAGGAAGGUGAUUGGGAGGGGGAAGGCGGUUCGUGAACAUGGCUUGGCGGGUAUCCCCGAGGGUGUCCUUGCCGCGGCCUUGAUUGUCGUGUUCAAAGCCAAAGGAAAGACGGUUGUUCCCCCUGGAUGGUUGGAAUCACUGGGUCAGAUCAGAAGCGCGGAGCGUGAAGGUGAUCCCAGUCGUUUGUGGAGGUGGGUUCCGACUGAAUUGGCCAUGUCAGUGAACCAAGUUCUGAUAUGGUCUCGGGGUGUACCUACAGGAUGGAAGUGACCUCGAUGACCUCAAAAGACAUUGACGACUACCUCUCCUUCUUUGAGCACAACAUUAUUGGCGAUCAACUACCGCCUAAACGUGCGUUCUCCCUCUGCGCAUAAACUUAAAAAACUUUUACCUGACUUCCCCGAGGCGUUCGCAGGCAUGCAAGACUUUGAGCGCUACUUCCCCAUCCCACCGCCCUCUGAAGCCACUGAGUCCGACUGUCUCGGAAACGACUCGACACAUCACGUCGACGAGCUGAUUUCCAAACUAUACCGUGAUACCACCUCCGCCCCUCCAACCGACCAACCCGAGCCCGACCCACCCCAAGAGGUGUAUCACCAAUACCCGCUCGACGCCUCUGCCUCCCUUCCCGAGCCUCUCGCGACUCUAACGCGUCAUCUCGCAUCCCUCAUUGGACAUACCUCGAUCUCCUUAUCUGCGAUCGUGAUCAAGCUCGAGAACCUCUUACAGGCUCGAAUGAUCGCUCAUCCGCAGGGGGAUGACGACGUCCCCCCUAUCGUGUUGACCCGACGAUCGCGGCGUUUGAAUAAAAAGGAAGCGAUGGAACGACGGUUCAAGACUUGGGAGAAGGAGAAGGAACGGAGGUUAGAGUUGGAUGAUCGAGAUCGAGGGGAUAGGGUCAGGCGAAGAGGGACGCAGAUGAUGCAGAAGAGUCAGGCGUUUAUCGAUGAUAUGUUGGAGGAGUUGAUUGAGCAAGAGAUACAGCAGGAGAUGGAGACGAUGAAGGGAGAGGACGAGAUAGGGGAUCACGAGGAGGGGAUGGACGUGGAGGAGUGA